AUGGCAACGGUCCACCCAAAUGCUGAGAAACUCAUAUCGUUGGCGGAGGAGUUCUUUGCCGAAGUCGCCGAUCUAACUCCCGGUCGCGCCCUUGAGGAAUAUCUGAAUGAACACUACGGCCCCGGCAAUAAAUACUACGACACCUUCUGCUCGCUCAUCCUCAGCGGUCUUCGCAACAACGAAGGCUGGGUCGCCACCGACGAGCUAGACGGCCCCAGAUACAGGCGCAGCCGACUCUGCGAUCCCAGCGAGCGUACGCGCUAUUUCAGUAUUACGACCGUCUACAUGCAGAGUCAGGACGAGUAUCGAGGGCAGUAUCAUCUGCAUCCGUAUGGGGAGAUCAAUUGCGUGGUGCAGGUCGAUCGCACAGCUGAGUUGAAGGGGAUGAAUGGGUGGCAGGCGGCCGGGUGGACCUCGCCGGCGGCAGGAACGCACCACUAUCCCGAAGUGAGAGGAGGUGCACUCGUUGCGCUGUUCUUCUUGCCGGCCGGGAGGAUCUCGUAUAAGGCGACUCCCGAGAUGGCGCAGCCGCCGUAUGUGUAG